GUCGCGGCUCCCCGCACCCUCCGCCCCCGACGGUGCCCCUGCUAUGAUGGCGGAAUACUCUCGUCUGGAUCCCUACCGGAAGGCCCGAUACGACCAGGGGGUCGAUGCAAAGAUAGUAAUCAUGGGCAAUACAGGCGUCGGCAAGACCAGCCUCCUCCACAGAUAUACCCAGGGCAAGUUCGAUCCCAAGAACACCACCUCCACCACUGGUGCAUUCUUUGUUACCAAGAAGGUAACCGUCGAUGGCACAAAGGUCAGGCUACAGCUGUGGGACACCGCUGGCCAGGAGCGAUUUCGCAGCAUGGCACCGAUGUACUACCGCGGCGCGAACGCUGCCCUACUAUUGUAUGAUAUCACGAAUGCCUCCAGUUUUGAAGACGUCCGCGGGUGGUUGGAAGAACUCAAGAAGAACUGCUCCCCCGACUUGAUCAUCUACAUCGUCGGCGCGAAGGCCGACCUCCACCAGUUCAGGCAGGUUACGUCCGACCUCGCCCGUUUAUCGCUCCACACCUGGUUUCCCCCACCACGCCCGCCAACGCCUCCUCCUCCUCCAGCGUCUGCGGCCGCUUCUACAUUCUCCUACAUUCGUCCCCGCUUCACAUCCUUCACGAGUAUCCGCUCCGUGCCCACAUUAGCACCAACGAACCCAAAACCGCAAUCCACCACACCCGAACCUGAUAAUCCUGCCUUCAAUGACCCACGCUCGUCAGCGAUCAAGCGUUCCAAUACCUCUGCCUAUACCCGUCCACGCGCCAAGAGCGGCGACCUACUAUUACCGAGGUCAAACUCGCUAGCCUCUGGCGUGCGGCCAAUACCCUCUCGAUUGGCACAUCGACCGGCGGGAUGGAACGACAUCGGUGACGGGAGCAGUAACAGCCUACCAGAAGACGAUGAUGAAGCGGAAACGGGUGAAGACCAGGAGUGGGGCCUCCGGAAAGGCAUGGAAUUGUUCGAGGUGUCAGCCAAGGACGACUUCGGCAUCCAGCAUCUGUUCAACAGCCUAAUAGCCGCUAUUAUCGAGAAAAAAGACAUGAUUGAGCGCGAGAACGAGAUUAAGCGGCGCGACAGUGUACUGCUCUCUAGCUCCGCAACGCCCGUAUGGGCUGCGCAGGCUGACCAAGAGGAAGCCCGCGAAAAGGCCCGGGCAGCCUCUAGCUCGUCAUGGAGCUGUUGUCAGACAUAGCAUCUUGCCAGCCACAACCUCUUUCUACCUCUGUACUGCCCUAGGUCGCCUAUUCGUUGCUCUUCAUUUUAUGACCCUAUGUUAUUACCUUCCCUACGCACAUUAUGACCCAACCUCUUCCCCUGAGGUUCCAGCACAUCUCUCGUCUGUCACACGCCCAACGUCCCAACGUCAUUCUCCUGUCUGUCCCGCUACGUUGUCCACCUAUCUCAUGACACUCUUCCAUUUAUCGCUUUUUACUGCAUAUCGUAUUGUACAUACAUUGUCCAUAGUGAUACAGCUAUGUUGGUUCUCGUAGCACUCAUGAUGAAAUGC